UGUUGCACUGGAAGGGGCAACUGUUUGGCGCUGGCGAGUCUACCGCGAGAGCCUACACCGCGAUUCAAUGUCUCACAAAAGCUCGUCGGCGUCGGAUGCGUCGUGCCGCGGUCUCGUUCGAAAGUUACUGCUUGUGUGCUCGUGUGUUUGUUUGUGUGCGUGUUACAAAUGUGCAAUAGUGGUUGAGUGUCCUGCUCGGUCGUAAUAGCGCGUGCAAAAGAGGAAGAACAACAACACCGCAACAGUGAUCCUCUCGAGACCGGGCACCACCGGACCGCGGACGGUGACGGUGAAAGAUCGCUUCGGGGCCGACACCAACACCACGGUUCUACCGGAAGCGUAUAGCGUGCACGUUGCGGAGAACAUGAUGGCGUCCAGCCAGCACGAGAUCGUCAACCGGUGACCGAGCGUGGCGAGAUCCGUUCCAGUUGCAUUGUCGUCCAUCCGUCCGUCCGCCCGUGAUUACACACACUCGGCGCAAGUGACGCGUCGCUUCCUCUGCUGGCUCUGUGUGCCGUGCUGGUUUUGUUUUGUUUUGCUGGCGUCCGAUCAAACAAACGCCUCCCAUUCCUCCGUGAAGCGUGACGGUGAAAUUGCUAGUUUUCGGUGUUCUUCGGCGUGAUUCGCCAGUCAGAUUUGUAUGCACGCGAGUGCGCGAGUGAUGUGAAGGUGAAAUCAAGCACAAAGUGUCCCCGUUUUUUGUGUUUCAAAGUGUCGUGCGUUGAUUUAACAACAAAAAAAGCAAUAUCAGAAGGAAAGAGGGUUAUUGUGCAGUGCGCGUUUGAAGUGUGUGUUUGAUCAGUUGAUCUGUGUGGCGAAAACGAUCAUGCAAAUAGUCGUUGUCGACGGCAGCAGAUUCUAGCUAGCAUACCUGAUCCUAACCUUCUAGCAGCGGGCUAUUUCAUCACCCAAUCUCAUCAACACCGGACUGCAUCCCGACAAUUUUGACUUCCACUCCCCUUUUCGGCUUUAGAAUGGUAGACUACUGUACGAACACUCGAUCGUCGGCAACGUCCGGGGGCUCCAUUACGACCGCACUGCCUUCCCCAUUCCGGACGGGAAAAUCACGCCCGGCGCGCGAAAAGUCCUCACUGCACAAAUCGUUGGGCGAAGGCACGGACCCGGGACAGCAGGGGCGUGUGCGUACGGUCCGGCUAGUACGGCCCCAUCAUGGCUACAACCACCGGAAUCUACCGAUCACGGGGAGCAACUUUGGAUUUUCGAUACGCGGUGGACUAGAGUAUGGGACCGGGUUCUUCGUGUCGGCGAUAGAGCGAGACUCCGAGGCGGACCGGCAAGGACUGAAGGUUGGAGAUCAGAUUAUACGCGUCAAUGGAUAUCAGGUGGAGGAUGCAGUUCACCGAGAGUUGGCACAGUUUAUUGCGAACCAGGACCGGCUGAUCAUGAAAGUACGCGGGCUUGGCAUCUUGCCGAUCAAAGAAAGAGCAGCGGAUCCUCUCACCUGGCACGUGGUAUCGUUCGGUGUGUCGCACGACAAACAGGAUACGCUUCUGCUCGAGGAACCGUGUGGUGGGCGUGAUCUGAAGGUGAUCCUGUCCGUUGCGCCCCGUACCAAGCUGGGCUGCGGCAUCUGCAAAGGCCCCGACUGGAAGCCGGGCAUUUUUGUGCAGUUUACUAAGGAAGGUGGCGUAGCGCGGGAAGCAGGGCUACGGCCAGGUGAUCAGAUACUUUCCUGCAACGGGCACAGCUUCGCAGAAGCAUCCUUUGGUGAGGCUGUCGCAGUCAUGAAGUCUUCCCAUGUGCUGGAACUGGUCGUGCGUCCGAGCGCCGGAUUGGAUCUGUUCCCGGGUGAAUCAAGCGGUUACAAUAGUUCCGCGAGCAGCGUCAACGGUGAUCAGAGUCCUUGCUGGGGUGAUCAAACGUCCAAACGGUUGAGUAUCGUACGGGAAGAGUCUAUCUCGCACGAUCGGCGACGACUCGCACCGGUGCCGACGGUACCAGAAAUCGUAACCAGCGCAAACGAUAACCAAUCGGCUGUUCCUCCUCCACCGCCACCGCAACCCCGGUCCAAUCAGGAGCCGAAGCAGCAGCAGCAGCAGCAACAGGUGCAAAAACAGCAACAGCCAAGGGUCACACUGGCGGGACCGACACGCAAGAAGAACACCACCAUCAUAGAGUUCUCCGAGCGAGGUGCCAUCGUGAACCCUGAAGCGAAACAGAGUGAAACGAAAACGAUCAUUGUCGAGGUGCACCGGAGCGCAUCGGCUGGCUCGAUGGUGGUGGACGAUGAGUCCGGCAAUGGGACAGCGUCGGGCACGAUCAUCCCUCCUCCACCGCCCCUGUUUGCCGAUGCUGUCACUCCCGGUUCGCAACCGUCUACAAAUGCAGCACCGACUCCCAGCCCAUCGUCUCAGGAACAGCAAGCAGCAGCCGCCGCCGCAGCAGCACACAGCCUAAGCAAUGCAAUAUCGGACGAACUGCGCCGGCGGGCAGAGAAGAAAGCUUCCACCCCGGUCGGAUCGGAUCCCGCCACCGGACCAGCGGCAGCACUGACCGAGCUUGAAAACCGGCUGAAAGAGAAGAACGUACGGUUGCGCCCGGUAACGAUGGCCAUAUCGGACGAACGGCAUACGGCACUGAUGGACGAGUUCCGGGCAGUACACAAGCGCAUGUUCAAGAAUGGGUUUGACAACGCCGAACUAAAGAAGCAAACUUCCAAACCGAACGCAAACACCACGACGGACCACAAUAGUCAACAUCCUGGUUCGGACACCAGCAACGGUACGCGAAAAUCUCCCAAAGGCACGAUGGGCCGUGUGGCGGCGUCCGAGAUGGCGAAAGCGAACGGUGACAGUGCCGAGCUGGAAUCGAUCGAAUCGUUCAAGCUGAACAACCCACAGUCACCACCGGCCCGUCCCCCGUCCUACUACUUCUGCCCCCAGGCAACCGGUCCACCGACGAUGAAGAAAUCCCAAAAACCGAUCGCCGUCACGAUCAGCGAGUAUGCACGGACGGAAGAACCGACCAAACCGACGCGGUUCGACUUUGGGCAGCUUCGAUCCGUGACGGAAGCGAUUGCCGGUGCCGGUCCUGGUGCUGGUGCUGGACCGGCGGGCAUCAAGGAGGGUUCCGCGAACCGACAGCAGCGUCACGUGCCGAUGACGUAAACGCACACACACACACAUUUCGCUAACUUUAUUAAUGGUUAAAGUAUGGAUGUAAUGUAAUGACCAAAUACGAUUGAAGUUGGAAAAAAGGAAUACGAAGAGAGACGGAAGAGAGUGACCCGAUCGAGUCAAUCCCUGCAUGCUGCAUGGUUCAUACGGUUUGUUUGUUUAUGGUUAUACAAUAUGUUAACUGUAUUGUACAUUAGUCGUAGGUGAUCCAAUGUAAUUGAUCGAUUAUAAAAUGUGAUUGUGAAUGUAUAAAGUCGAUGAUAUUCCCCUAAUGACACGCU